AUGAAGCAGAAUGAAAAUGAUUUCAAUUUUCCAUGGCAAUUUGGUAUUUUAAUAUUAGCCAAACCCUACAUUGAAGGUUCACGUAUUCAAACUGAAGUUAUGAGAUUAAUGUUAAAUAUAAUUCUUUACAUACAUUUUAAAGAUUCUGAUUUUAUAAUAAAUGUCGUCAAUGAUCCCAUAUAUGCCAACUUAAUAUUUUUUCAACAUUAUGGUUUGUUGUGCUGUGAAAAUCGUGUUUGUUACAAUUGUACUCAGUUCAACAUUAAAUUACCUCGACUUUCAUUUUCUUAUCUUACAUUUCAACAAUCUGAGGAAGAUCUUCAGGGUCAUCCUCAAGAAAAUCUUCAAAAGUCCAUCCAAUGUAAUUUUUUAAAUGCAUUUGAAGAUUAUCUGAGAGUUCAGCACAAUUAUUCACUACCAAAUUUCUUAGAAGAUUGCGAACAUCUUGAUAAAUUGUGUUUGAAGAAUUUUGCUCGAUAA